AUGCAACGCCGUGUGACUCGCUCUGCAGUUCGGGCUGCUCCUCCUGCUGCUUUGGUCGCUGAAAGCAGCACUCCCAUAAAACAAGCAGUAAACCAUGACAAGGUGAUCAGAGAAACCAAACGGAAGCGUCCUAGCUCUACUGGUACUAGCAAAGUCUCUGAUUCUCCACCCCAACCCGAGAUGACUACGGUCAUUGAAGCUCAAUCACUCAAUAGUUCCAAUGGCGCAGUUAAACAAGAAGAUCCAGGUUUCCUCAGUGAGCUCCCCCAUAAUCUGGGGUCUGUGUCGACUCCACUGCCCACAGAAACAAAGCCUGUAGCUUCAAUUGCUGGGUCGGACAAGGAGAACCGAUCUCUGAAAGAAAACACAAUCGAACUGGCUACCAAUCUCCAAAACACAGUGGACAAAGCCACCACCAAGGUCGAAACAGAAACAAAGCUCCAAACCAUCCCCGGACGAAAGCCCAAGAAGAACACUUAUGGCUUGACGCCCGGCGUCUCUCCUUUCCCUGAAUUAACUCGCCCCACCUCCGAGGAGUGCGAAGAGGUCAAUAGAUUACUUUCCAGCAUCCACGGUGAAGUUGUUGCUCCCACAACUAUUCCCGAGCCCUCUUUAACUGUCACUGGUUGCGGCGAGGUUCCAUCCGUUUUGGACGCUUUGAUCCGUACUCUUCUCAGCGGUGCUACCACGGGCAAGAACUCAGCCAGGGCUUUCAACGGGUUGGUGCAGCGCUUCGGCAUUCUCUCAGAAGGCAUCGGUAAAGGAAGUGUGAACUGGGAAGCCGUACGACAGGCCACGGUCAAAGACGUGUUUGAGGCUAUCAAAAGCGGCGGUUUAGCCGACAUCAAAAGCAAGAAUCUGAAAGCCAUCUUGGACAUAGUCCAUGAAGACAAUCAAGCCCGACGAAAUGUGUUCUUGGACGCAGAAUCCAAGGACCACACCGUUCCCAAGCUGGUACCCGACAAAGCGGAAAAAGACAAGGAAUACGAGAUUGCCUGCGCAGACCAGAACUUUCUCUCUCUCAACCACCUCCACAACCUCUCUACAGAAGAAGCCAUGACCAAUCUAAUCAAGUACCCAGGAAUCGGCCCGAAGACAGCCGCCUUUGACACGCACAUUUUCCGACUCUGUCGCUGGUUGGGAUGGGUUCCUGCCAAGGCAAACGAAGUCACUGCCUUCAGCCACCUGGAAGUGCGCAUCCCCGAUCACUUGAAAUACUCGCUACACUCGCUCUUCAUCCGCCAUGGAAAGAGCUGUCCCCGAUGUCGGGCGAUUACCGGCGAAUCUAGCGAUGGAUGGGAAGACGGAUGUGUCAUUGAUCACCUGGUGACUCGUACUGGAAAGCGCAAGGGAAACGGACCAGCUCCAAUCUCCAAGCCGAAGAAAACUACGGUUAAAAAGAAUGGAGCGAAGAGUCCUCUUAAGCGUCCGCUGAAGCGCAAGCGAAAGGACAGUGACUCUGAAGAGGCAACUGAGGAGAGCGAGCUUUCCAGCGCCGAUGAAAUGAGUGACGGGUAUACACCUUAA